UGCAAUGGAGAAGCAUUUUGAGCUUCGGAGGUGGUGUUGUGUGUCAGAUGAUUUUGAUGUUGGUAACAUUGCAAACACAAUCUGCAGGAGCACAGAGAAGGAUCGUGAAAAAGCAUUGCAGGAUCUCCAGAAAGAAAUAAGUGGAAAGAGGUAUCUCAUUGUGUUGCAGGAUGUAUGGAAUAGAGAUGCUGAUAAGUGGGGUAAACUGAAGACCUGCCUUAAGCAGGGUGGCACAGGCAGUGUAGUACUGACAACAACUCCUGAGGCUGAAGUAGCUCAAAUAAUGACCAUGGGUGUAGCCGAAGCCUAUAGUCUUGAGAUGCUGGGUGAGAAGUAUAUGAAGGAAAUAAUCCAGAGUCGAGCAUUCAGUUUGCAGACGCCAAGCAGUGACGAGCUGGAUGGCAUUGUUGCCAAGAUUGUGCACAGAUGUGCUGGUUCUUUGGCUGCCAAAGCCUUUGGUUCUAUGUUGAGUACCAGAACUACUGUGCAUGAAUGGAUGGAUAUACUAGCCAAAAGUAACAUUUGUAAUGACAGGACUGGAAUUUUGCCUGUUCUCAAACUCAGCUAUGAUGAUCUGCCGUCACAUAUGAAGCAGUGCUUUGCCUUCUGUGCUAUAUUUCCCAAAGACUAUGAGAUUGAUGUUGAACAUUUGAUCCAUUUAUGGAUGGCACUUGACUUCGUACCACUAGAGGAGGAAGACCAUCCUGAAACAGCAGGAGAAGAAAUUUUUAGGCAGGUUACAUGGAGAUCUUUCUUUCAAGAGGUGAAACAAAGCCCACCAUUAAAUUAUGAAAAAAAGGAUGGCAUGCUUUGUAACACAACCACAUGCAAGAUACAUGAUCUCAUGCACGACAUUGCUCUUUCUGUUAUGGGGAAUGAUUGUCUGACCGUAACCGAUAAAAUCAAUGACAAGAAGUCUAUAUCAGAUCCAACUCGUCACUUCUUGUCAUGCCGUGUUGGAACACAGUUGGAUGGUUUUAUGAAGAAACAGCCUUCAACACUCCAGACACUGUUUUGUACUGAUGUUGACUUUUUAUCACAUCUAUCGGAGUACAAUUCCGUACGAGCACUGCACCUCCCACUAAAUACAAGGCAUCAAGUCAAAUCAAGGCACCUACAAUCUCAACACCUGAGGUAUCUUAAUCUCUCGGGUAAUAAUGUGAUCACAGAACUUCCUGGAGAAAUUAGCAUGCUGUAUAAUUUACAGACAUUGGACGUUUCUUUUUGCCGGGGGCUUCGUCAACUACCAAAGCAAAUGAAGUACAUGACAUGUCUCCGACACCUCUAUACACAUGGAUGCACAUCACUCACGCACAUGCCCCCAGAUAUUGGACAGGUGGCAUCACUGCAGACCCUAACAUAUUUUGUGGUCGGGACUAGUUUCAAUUGCAGUACUGUUGCAGAAUUGCAGAAUUUAAAUAUUGGUGGACAGUUAGUGUUAGACGGCCUACAAAAUGUAGAUGAAUCACAAGCAAAAGCUGCUAGCCUUGGAAACAAACACAAACUCACACACUUAUCUCUCAAGUGGAACAGUGAUGCCAAUGAGGUACAAGAUUGUCAUAUGAAGGUGCUAGACGGUCUGAAACCUCAUGGUGGGUUGCACAUGCUAAGGGUAGAUUCAUACAAAGGUAGCAGUUUACCAUCAUGGAUGAUAGAUCUUAGUCUGUUGAAGCACUUGACGGAGCUCCAUCUAAUUGACUGUUCAGAGUGUGAAGUAUUUCCUCAGUUCUGUCAUCUGAAAGCCCUUCAAGUUCUUUAUUUGGAAAAGCUGGACAAGUUGCGGAGCCUAUGUAGCGAUGUGACAUUGAUGAUAUUUCCUGCAUUGAAGGAACUCACGUUACAUGAUUUAGAGAGCAUGGAGAGAUGGGUGUCAGGCGAGGGCAAUGAUGAAGUAACCUUUCCAAUAGUUGAGGAAAUUAGUAUUGAGAACUGUCCAAAAUUGACGAGUCUACCUGACGCGCCAAAGCUCAAGGUUAUAAAUGUUAAUGAAGGCAAGGCACAGCUAUCCUUAUUAGCAAUAGUUAAAGCUACAUACACGUGUUUAUUGUCCAAGCUAGAACUGUCUGUUGGAGAUAAAGAAGCAACACUUGAGCUAGAUCCUGAGAAUCAUGAAUCACCUUUGACAGAACUGAGCUUAGGUGGCUGCAAUUUUUUGUUCCUCUCAAGUCCAUCCCAGCCAACGAUCGGGUUUUGGAAAUCUUUUGGAAAACUUGUUAAUUUGGAAAUAAAAAAUUGCAGUGGACUCAUGUACUGGCCGGAGGAAGUGUUCCAUAGCUUGGUAUCCCUGAAGAACUUGGAGAUUAAGUCGUGUAAUAAGCUAAUAGGGCCCGCACAGGUGAAUGGUGAACCAAGGCCAACGGCGGAUCAGGUCCUGCCACAUCUAAGCAUAAUAUUGAUCCAUAACUGUGGCAGCUUGGUAGAGCUGUUCAGCCUUCCCCCAUCCCUCAGAAGUAUUUAUAUUAUUAAUUGCAAUAAGCUUGAGCGCAUAUGGGGGAAGGAGGAUCAGUUUGGCACACCGUGCGACGGCUACGCAUCAUCAUCCAGUGUGGUAGAGCAAUCGUCAGCACAAGCAAAUCAUCCUCCACCGAACCUAGAGUUUCUAAAAAUAUCUUUUUGUGGUGACUUUGCAGCACUUCAAAACCUCCCGCCGUCCCUCAAGUCGUUAAUUAUUUUUGAAUGUCACGAGCUCUGUUCCGUGUCAGGGCAGCUGGGUGCACUCGAGAGUUUAGCCAUUCAUGGCUGCAGUAAGCUGCGGUCUCUGGAUUCCUUGGGAGACCUCCCAUCACUGGAAUGUCUCAGUAUUGAGAGGUGCAAACGCCUUGCAUCCUUACCUGGUGGUGGUCAUGGAAGCUACUCAGCUCUUCGGAAAGCCACGGUCAAAUACUGCCCAGCCAUAGAUAUGAAGCCACUUUACAAACUCGACCAACAGCGGCUUGACAGGCUAGAAGUCAGACACUUAUCACACGCUCAUUCAAGCGAUCCGCAUGAAGGGGCUAAACUGAGGGAACCAAAAUCCUGGAAAUAUGCUAUCCCUCGGUGCCAAGAUUGGGCAAUCCAGCGUCACCGUAACCCCUGAAUGGAGAACUGGUUAUGGUCCUCCUGAUUGCAGAAUUUGGCCGAUGCAUGCCGCUCCGAGACCUGCCUGCGAGUACUCCGGUGUUCACAGCUCCAAGAGUUUGUUACGUCGCUCAGAGACUAUUAGUUUAAUAUUUCAGUGUGCUCCUUUUUGCUGUGGCAUGAAUAAUCUUUCUGCUGUACUUGGGCUAUGGCUCAGAGACUGUUAGGGCAAUAGGGCAUGUACAACGGUGAGACAGCAGCUGUCUUUAUGUGUACACAUCAGCAAAAAGUGCCUACGUGGCCCUCAUUAACUGAAGAAAGAGAGUCAGGUCGUCGCUUUGUUCGUCUACGGCGCGGGCGAGUUCUCCCAGGCGAACAGACGACUCCUCCCUCGCGUUGUACGACCAGCGGCAUAAUCUUCCUGCUACAAAUCCACGCCUUCACUUGUGCACUUGCACAUUUUUCAUGGAUUGGUAAAAUUACAUUUGGGCCACCUGGUAAUUCAUUUGUAAACGGACCUCUUUUUAUGUACUCAUA